UGCAGUGGUAACUUCGGGAGGGAGAGAUCGGUUCCCUGCACAGUGAUCUCGGGGAGUCUCUGUUCACGUACAGGCGUGGUUACCGCAAACAGCCAGUCAGAGGAAGGUCUUGGGCAAAGCGGGGCAAGAGAGAGGAAGGGAAAGAGAAACAUCAAUGUGAGAAACAUGCAUACCGACCAGGGAUCGAACCCGCAACCCAGGAUUGAGUCAGUUAACAAGAGGUACCCACCUGGCACAGUGCUCUGCAGUCAGCUCAUCGUUUCUUGAUAGAUGGGAGCUGUCGGAGCAUCAGGGAGGACCGACAUCGACCAACAGAAGUGCAGUGUGAGCCGCAAAUGUCAUCAGACAUUUUCUCAUUGUCACAUUGAAAAGUUCCAAGGAACAGCAUUUACAAUCAACACAUGAACAAAGGACGAAGCAGAAUGUUCCGGUUACCAGUUCUGACAACGCAAAGGGCAGGGUGCAGCUGGCAGAGGCCAGGAGACCGGGAGGGAGAAGCUCCAUGCCAGGCAUGACUGCAGACUCAAACAGGAGGGCGUCCAUCCCUCGCUGAGCUGGUGCCCAGCUUGACGACUGCAUACAAGCCUGUGUAUGCAGAAGGCCACAAGGAGUGUCAUCCAGCUGUUCUCACCGGGGACCUCGGGCACCCAGAGCUCACAGCGAUGGGCUGGGCAGGGACCGAUGGGGCAGUCAGAACAUGAGGGGAGAAUGUUCACGAAGGAAGGAAGGUGUUUCUGAGACUGACCAGAUGAGAACACUGCAAAGUCAGUCAGGAAGCUGAGGAAUCUUCUGGCCCGGCUUGGGUGACGGAAGUACAACCUUCAAGGUGUGACGGCUUGUUUUGUCUUCAUGGGCCUGCUGUGCAGUCCUCCGCCCGCCCCCCCCAACCCCGGAGCCCCUUUCGAAGCCUAAAGUGAGAAGCAUCAAUAUCCAGAUUCUCCCCCAGUCCCCACUCAAACCCCACUCAGGCGGCCUGGGCUGGGGGCCAGGAUUCCUCAGUGGUCCCAGGCAGAAAUCGCCACCUCCGGGGACAAAUCCAGGCCUGGUGGAAGGUGGGGGUUGCCAGGGCAGGGCUCGUGGAAAAGCUGUCGGGCUGAGGGGAGGUGAGGAAUGGGGGUCCUACCCCAGAGCUCAGGGGCAGCUGGCCCUGUGGUUCCGUGAUGGCCCAACUGUGUGGAGUGACCCGGGUCAAGGGGCACCACUGCAGGAACCAUGGCAUCCUGCCCAGAGAGGACAGAGCCGGCUGGAAGGCUGGACGACCUCAAGGCCGAGGUGAGCGCGGUUGGAGGAGACCAGUUGUUAAGUGUCCUCCGUCCCAGGUGUGCGUGGGGGAGCGAAGCACUGGGGGUCUGGCACAAAUAACGCCCCUUUUUUAUUACAAAAUCACGAGCCUGUAAUUCUGUAACAUAACAAUAUCCCACUCGAGCACACUGUGGGACAUUUUAGGCGAAAUGUUCGAGUUAAAACUAUAAAUUAUUACACCCGUAUUGUUCCCCCACCAACCACACUCAAGCAGGCCUUGCCUCUGCCGGCCCGAGUUUGCAUUCUCCUCCAGCAUUUGCACCGGAAGCACGGAGCACCCGCAACAUAGGGUCUCUGAGAAAACGUCUUCAGAAAAUUUGAAAAUCCCUCACACCAUAGGUUUGUGAACAGCAGGGGCUUCAUCUGCCUUAGAAAGCCUUGGGAGGGAGGGGGCUGAGCUAGACAAUGGCUUUAUACACAGUCCUCCCUCCCCCACGCCAGAAGUGGCUGUUUUCAGGGCCCCCCUGACCCCACAGCUGACCCACCAGACUCCAGGCCCAGACCCACACAGAGGGGAGGCCCUUCCUCUGCAUGACAAAGGGCAGCUGCCCUCCUCCUGACCACAGGUCCGUGAAAAGCCUCCCAAUCCACACUCUGGUCUUCUCUUGGCCACUAGCUAAUUGCCCAAUUAUUUUAUUUCCCCUGAGCAAAACUUCAGGCCUCCUGGAAUCCACAUUCAGGACCAGGAGCCUGUGUCCAGGAAGCCUCGGGAGUCUGGAAGCUGAUCCUCUGUCUGCCUGCUGCUCAGGCCUCCCGGCCGGUCCUGCCCCAACCCUGGGGUGACCGGGUCCCCCACCCAUCCAGAGCUGAUGGCCGCCCCCCACCAGCUUCAGGGGGUUGGGUAACACUGUGCACUGGGAACAGCUGGAGGGGCAGAGGAACUCGGGGCUGGGAAUCGGAAGACACAGCUAUGCAGGCGUCACCUGUGUGAGCCCGGGCACAGCGUCACCUCUCAGGGCCUCGGUUUCUUAGCUCUAAAAACUGGGGGCAGGACAAUGGUCUGGAGAGUCCAUUUCAGCUCCGAUUCUAUAAAGAAUCAGAACCAUUUGUACAGAAAGUCCUCAAACUGCGACCUCAAGAGAAAUGACGUGUAACGAAACCAAUGCUACAAAAGGCUAAUUGAUAGAAAUGUUAAAUUCCUAGGGCGUAUUUCUGGUCACAAAAACAUCACCAAACUUUUAAUAAGAGAGCCAAAACACUUCCAAUAGUAAACAUUGAGAGAAAUGUGAGCUAUACAGUAGAUUUAAGAAAAUGAGUAAACGCCAGUAAGAUCAUUGUUUUCCAACCCGCUGAUUCCAAUUCAGGGUCACGGGGGGCCUGAGCUUCUUCUCAAAGUUCAGGAUACCAGGUAGGGGUCCCCCCAUCACAGGGGCCCUCACACUCACCCCACGUCACUCAGACUGGGACAGUGCAGACACGCUGGCUCGCCUCCUGUGCACGACUUUGGGAUGCGUCAGGGACCCCAUGCAGACGUGGGGAGAUUGUGCCAACUCCACGUGGAACGUGGCCGUGCCAGGGAGUGAUUUUUUUUUCUUUUCCUCAUUAGCGUUACAGCAAAAUGCCUGGGAACCAAAAAGACCUAUUCAGGGACUUGCUGUAGAAUCAUCUCCCUCUGAUUCUCCAGAGUAAUAGGAGCAGGUAUGGCACCUUGCUGGAUGGACACCCCUUAGGGGAGGUCCCUGAGGUAGAGAAGGGUUCUCCAUUUCCCAGUGGUGGGACCGCUUGCCCAGGCCCCUUGAAGCUCCUGAAACCCACCCAGGUCGGCGGGACCAGUCAGCAACACUGAGGGUGACUGGGCUGCUCCAGUCCCCACUGAGCACUCAGCUCUAGGGGUCUCCGUGCUAGGGGGCCAGCUCAGGAGCACCCAGGAGGUGUCUGGGGGUGAGGGUGGCAGGGAAUCCAGCAGAAGAGGGACCUUCCACUUGACUUUGUGGGCUGGAAAAUGAAGUUUUGGUUAACUGGUCAGUUAUGUCCUGUGCAGAGGGGGCUCCUGAGUGCUGGGGACUCCCAUGGUCCUCGGCCCACAGGGAGGCAGCUCCUUGGUGGGAGGAGCCUGUAACGGUCAGGGAGCAGCAGCCCCAGGGGCCGGGCCCCUCUCACCCUUGUCCCUGCUGAAGCCUGUCCCAGUGAACUCCGGGGGUCUAGGUGUUUGCGGACUGUCAGAGGGCCCCUGGCAUGCCUGGGCGUCAUAUUCCUGGCACCACCCUGGCCGGUGAUAAGCUACAGGGCUUCCUCUUCCCCAGCGCCCAGGCUGGCCGACUUUGCAUAUUUAUGGGACACCGGCCCAGAAGACAGCUUCAAGGGACUAAGGGCCACAGGUCCCAGGCCGCCUGUAAAUGGGGCACUUCUGCACCUUUUGGCCUGACUUGAGGCCCAAAUGUUUGCAUCAAGCCCUGUCCUUGCUAAUCAUCACUUGCAAAAAAAAAAAAAAAGCAACAUGAUUCUUUUGAAGACAGCUACACUUGUCACAGAGAGAGCGGGAGGGCCUGUUUGGGCCCAACACGGAGGUGGCAACUUAUAGUUUCCGAACGUUCAAACUCUGAGAUAGGAGCCCCAAGAUGGGAUUUGAACCCUCCUUGUGAAUGACACCGAUUCUGUGGAAAUGGAAGAGGGAGAGGAAAGGAGAGGGGAGCCGGUCCCGCCACCCCCUGAGAUUCCCCUCUGGGGUUCAGCUGUCAAAGUCUCGGUAUUUCCUCUUACCUGGUGCUGUGUUCAUAUUUGGCAGAAUCCCCGUGUCCUUCCCUUCAAGCAACUCUAGCUCUGGCAGUUGCUGGCUGUAGAACCUUGGGCACCCGGGUGAAGUUUUGUGUCUCAGUUUCUUCAUCUGUGAGAUGGGAACAAUAAUGGCAACUUGUGAGGAUAAAGAGUUGAAGUAUGUAAAACACAGAUCAGUGCACAGCCCAUAAGCACAGUUAGCCGUUAGGAAUAUUACCAGUGUUGCUAUCAUUCCUCCCCUUCCACAAAUUCUAAGCCUCCCACCUUGUUACUGAAGCCCCUCAAAGUACACCCACCUAUGCAUAUGGUGGCAAUUUACGCACGAUGUCCUCAGGCUCUCAUCCAGGAGAAAUCCCACCUGUGUGCACCAGAAGGUUCUCUCUCCCUCAGCCUGGGAUAUGUCAGGAGCACGGUGGCAGGGGUGGCACAAGAGACCUGCCAGUGACACAGCACCCCUAUUGGGAAGGGGGGGGUGCUCCCUGCCCACUGGGUCCCUUCACCUUCACCCACAGUCCUUGUCUGCCUUCACCAUCAUUGCUCACCUCCCAUGUGACAGGCAGGACACGGGUUUUGGGAAGGACUUCCUCCUGCACAUCCUUGAAUCUCCUGGGCCAGGAGGAGCACUAGGGACACAUGACCUCCUCAGCCCUCCACUUGCUGGGUGGGUGCAGGUGGGUCCCUUCACCACGUGCUGUUGUGCCUUUGCACCAGGUGGACGUUGACACCUGCCUCCUAGGGCUGUUGCGAGUCCACGUCCAGAGCGUAGAGCGGCGCCUGGCACCCAGUGAGCUCUGCCGGUUGUCACCGUGUCAGGAAAAGCAACUGUGCAGAUGGCAGGGAACCUUUGCAUGGGCUUCCCAUGCCCCGGGCACUGCUACUGCGUUUAAUCUUCCUGCCAGCCCUGUGGCAGAGCCCAUUACUGUCGUCCCUCCUGCAGACGAGUGAACUGAAGCACUGAGUGGCGACGGAACUUGCUAGCAGGUCAGAUGGCCAGCCUGACUAAAAUGUGUGUUUGAGGAGGCCCAGGGGGCUCCCACCCACCCCACUGUGCCCAGAACCUGUGGCUUUGGACAGGAUAGGACUCUGGGCAGCUCUGGCCUCUGCCUUCCGGGUCCCUGUCCCUGAAGCCCCAUCCGGGCAUGGCAUGGGCUUGGACCAAGUGCUGAUGACGGGGGCCAGCGGCCAGGCUCCCUGCAGAGCACACUCCCCAGGAGUGUGCCCUACUUUCACUCUGCCAAGAUGCUGCAGGUAUCCCUUCCCUGGGCACUUCCAAAGAGCCCAGCUGCCAGAUUUCUGUCCAGGCAGCAACAAGCUUCCUUCUAUCACAAGGGAGGACCAGGCCCCCUGAGGGACUGUGGAGAGGAGGGGGGCUUGCUGGGACCCGAGAGAGAUGACUCAAGGGGCUUCUGUGGAAUGCCCUGAGCAAGGCCUGGCCCGGGACCACAGGAAUACAGCCCGCUUUCCCUGCUUCCUUCCCCGCCAGCAAACCCAGGCUGGCCCCCAGGAAAGGGACUUCCACAGCUGGCUCUGGCUAGUGGGACUCUUCCACAGAACGGUCUUGGUUUUUCUUAGACUGGGACUGGGGUAGAGCCAGGGAAAUUCAAUAGGCACUAGGAUUAUUACGGAGCUGCCAGACAGCAGCGGCCAGAGGCCCCCGCCAUGUAGCAUCCAGGCAGGCUUCGUGCCCUUCCCAGACAGCCCCUCCGCAGGGCUCAGGGACCUGUCUGGCUGCGGAGCUCCCAGGAGAAGAGGGUGUGACCUUCCCCCCCUCACCACCCAGGCCCAGCCCAGGGCUGCUAUAAAGCUGGCCCGGCCUGGCUCUCAGCACACCCACCUGGGACCCUCCCAGACCCUCCUCGGGGGACACGCUGCUCUGCUCCUCCUCCUGGGUGGCACCAUGAGGUCCCUGUGGCUCUGCUGGGCGCUCUGGGCGCUGCCCCUGACUGGCCCCGGGGCGGCCGUGACCGAGGAGCACAUCCUGAGCAGCCUGCUGCAGCAGCUGCACCUCAGCGAGGUGCCCGUCCUGGACGAGAGUGACGCAGAGGAGCCGGUCACCCCUGCCCACGUGAGGGCCCAGUACGUGGCCCUGCUGAGGCGCAGCCAUGGGGCCCCCUCCAGAGGGAAGAGGUUCAGCCACAACUUCAGAGAGGUGGCCGGCAGGUUCCUGGUGUCCGAGGCCUCCACACGCCUGCUGGUGUUCAGCAUGGAGCAGCGGCUGCCCCCCAACAGCGAGCUGGUGCAGGCGGUGCUGCGCCUCUUCCAGGAGCCGGUCCCCGAGGCCGCGCUCCGCAGGCAUGAGCUGCUCUCUCCGCACGGCGACCGAGCCCGGGUCACCGUCCAGUGGCUGCAGGUCCGGGAUGAUGGCUCCAACCGCACGUUCCUCAUCGACUCCAGACCGGUGUCCAUCCGCGAGAGCGGCUGGAAAGCCUUCGACGUGACUGAAGCCGUGAACUUCUGGCAGCAGCUGAGCCGGCCCCGGGAGCCCCUGCUGCUUCAGGUGUCAGUGCAGAGGGAGCACCCGGGCCAGCCGGCCUCCAGCGCCCACAGGCUGGUGCGCUUUGCCUCCCAGGGGCCAUCGGGCCCCCGGCAGGGCGAGCCGCAGCUGGAGCUGCACACCCUGGACCUCGGGGAGUUCGGAGCUCAGGGCAACUGUGACCCCAAGGUGCCAGUGAGUGAGGGCACCCGCUGCUGCCGCCAGGAGAUGUACAUUGACCUGCAGGGCAUGAAGUGGGCUGAGAACUGGGUCCUGGAGCCCCCAGGCUUCCUGGCCUACGAGUGUGUGGGCACCUGCCAGCAGCCCCCAGAGGCCCUGACCUCCAAGUGGCCACUUCUGGGGCCAAGACAGUGCAUUGCCUCAGAGACGACCUCGCUGCCCAUGAUUGUCAGUGUCAAGGAAGGAGGCAGGCGCCAGCUGCGGGUGGUCAGCCUGCCCAACAUGAGGGUGCAGAAGUGCAGCUGCGCCUCGGACGGGGCGCCCGUGCCAAGGAAGCUGGAGCCAUAGGUGCUGGGCAGGGCCACUGAAGCCUCUGACUAAACACGUGCACCAAAGCAGGUCUAAGUUAGGUUGUAGUUUUCCACUUAGCAAGUUUUCCCUACCCCGACUAGGGUCCAUAUUUUACCUUUCCAAGUGUUUCUUGUCCUUCUGUCCAUCACCCUAAGCACUUACAUGAGUGACUAAUGCCCCUCGGUUGCUGAAUUGAAAUCCUGGUGUACUUGUUAGCUAGUGCAGCUGAACAUGGAUAGAUUGUCUGCUGGGAGCUUCUGUUCUCUGGCAAAUUCUCAGCUGAGUCUGGGACAACAUACCCCAUCAUAAGGGCUGGGGAGAUCAAACUCCUUUACUCUACUACAUAAUGAAUUAAAACAAAACCCUAAAAUCCCUCGUUUCCUCUCAAUAGGGAGGGUGUCCAGAAAUGAAGCCCCAUCUCCCACUCGUUGACUCAGUUCAAACCCUGAGAGGGUGCUGAGGGAAGAGGCAUGGAUUCAGGCCAGGGCCAGCGGCCAGGGAAUCAGGACAGCUGGUUCCUGAAUCUACCAGGGUGACAAGCUGUGACCUCAUGCAAACAUAGAAGCCUUUGAGCCACCCUAGCAGUCCUUGUGAAAAAGGGAAGCUGGGUCUCAGCUCUAAGACGUCCUGGCAUCCGACAGGCCUAACCUCACCCUCUCAGCCCUGAGGCCAAACACUUCCUGUGCCUAUUUAGUUACUUCUCCCCCUGCUUUAGAGAACGGAUCACCAGUUAAUACCCGUAUUUAGCUACCAUGUAUUUAGUUUUUUAUUAUUAUUUAGCAAAAACACCCCAAUUGAGUGUAGAUAAUCUGCU